AUGUCUGUCUCUGUCUGUCCGUUUUUAUGUCUGUCUCUCGGUUUCUGUGUGUCUGUUUGUCUGUGUCUGCCUGUGUCUGUAUAUCUGUCUCUGUCCAUCUGUCUUUCUGUGUCUGUCUGUGUGUCUGUCAGUGUCCAUCCUUCUGUCUGUCUGUCUGUGUCCAUCUCUCUCUCUCUGUCUUUAUGUCUGUGUCUGUCUGUCUUUAUGUGUCUGUGUAGUUGUCUAUGUUUCUUUGCGUCUUUCUGUCUCUGUUUUUCUAUCUGUGUCUGA